UUAAGUACUUAGUGAGUGACAGCAAGCUCGCACGUCAUGCAUCAUGGCUCCCCUCAUCCCCAACAACACAGACAGAAAGCACGCUGGGAGCGAGCCUAAUUGCAUAAUUAACGUCCUCGUUACCGGUUUUGGCGGAAUCGACCCUUGUGUAGCCAUUCAGAAAUUUCACGGAAAACCCAUCGUGGCUGGCUGUGAAGCCUUUGCAUAACACGUUAAUACCUCUGGACCCGUAUGACCCGAUAAAACUCCCUGAUGGACAAGUCGUGAUGACCCAUGAUGGGCAUCUGGAGCCGAGAAGGUGUAGUGCUUAUGUUAGUGGAUCACAGUCAACCCACAAAAAGGAAGACUCUGAUGACAGCAUCGAGGUGGAGGCAGAGGGCAAUAGCAGCGCCCCUGUCAAUGAGGAGCACCAAUAUGCAAAGAUAACAACCAUCCAAGUACCCGUCGUUUACUCAGAGGUACUCGAUAUCGUCCCAGGUCUACAUCGAAAACCACCUGUAUUUCCUGACCUCACUUCUGACCUUUUACAUUCAAACCCCCCAUCACAAGGCUACGAUUUGAUUCUCCAUGUUGGCGUAGCUGGCCGUGGUCCCAUGCGUGUGGAGAAGAUGGCACAUAAAUUUGGCUACUAUAUGAAGGACGCGACUGGAGAACUCGCUCCUAUCGUUCUUCCUGGUAGCGACGGUAUCAUCACUCAUGACGAUAAUUCGAUGGAAAGCAAGCUAGGAAGCAUCAGUGUUAGCUUAAGCACGGGCCUCGAUAUUUUCCCCCAUCCACAAGGUCAGCAGUCCGGUCCACACCAUCAGGAUACUUCAUUCCAAACACAAAGCCGCGGUCCCGGAGUAGUCAGUGCAGUUUCGGUUGCCGAGGCUGCUGAAAGAGAACGACUGGGUGCAAAUAUGGUUGAGGAGAGUGCGGGUGCAAAUAUGGGUUUUGGUGGAAGGCCUCAGAGAGGGUUUGGUAAAGGCUAUAGGAGAUUCCCUGACGAGCUCUAUUCAGAUAUCGAUGUCUUGGAGCUGGUAAGGACUUUGAAGCGCUCUGGGGUCGAGCCUGUCAACUCGUCGCUGGAUGCCGGUCAUUACCUUUGCGACUUCAUCUACUAUUGCUCACUUGCUGAAGCACAGAGGAACGGAAAGCCCUAUGAGAAAGACAAGACUACCAAAGUCCUAUUCUUACAUUGUCCGCCAGUCGACCAGCCCUGUAGUACGGAGGAAGUCACUGAGGCGAUAAAAAGGAUCGUGGUAUGGGUUUGCCGCGGCCCUACAGGUAAUCCGAUCGAAUAGUGGUAAUUGACGAUAAGAGGAAAUAGGUCAGAACAUUUAUAGGCCCUUGUAAUAUCUACUGAUCAAAUUGGAUGUACUGAUGUAACUUAA